CAGUCGAGGCCUGUCGUCACUCGCCCCGCAGCCUCUGCAUCUGGCACAGCUCGUCGCUAUUGUGCCAGCGCAGAUCGCGCGCCCACUCCCUGCUCUUACAAUACCCUGUGUGGGUGCAACGGGCACAACAAUUGCCUAAUCCAAACCAUUGUGCAUCUGUCUCCGCGAUUGAUCGUAGUGGGGUGGGUUUCAUUCUCAUGCUGUGGCAGACGCUGUAAAUGACCCAAAGCCGUUCACUGACAGCCAUCGGAAGACUAUAUAUCUAUGCCAGUGUCCUUACAGAACCCUAGACGGCCCGCCCCCAAUCUAGCACACGCCGAUCUCCCGCACCGCGCGACUCUGCUAGUUGACGACCGUCUCUGGCGGAUCCAUGUCUUGGGCGAAUCCCCAACAGCAGCAGUUCCAGUGUGGACCGCGCCCACAGGCUGGGUCGGCUCAUGGCCACCCACCGCUCCCGCCGGCUAUCCUGGCCUCCACCCGCCCCUGCCGGCGUGAAUCCUCAGGCGUGGACGUCCGGACGGUGGCAGUUCAACCCCAUGUUCCGCGGCCCCGUCCCUGGGCCGCAACCUGGUGUCCCCGCGUGGGCGCCACAUCCUAGCUGGGGCCCGCACGCGGCGGCGAACAACUUCAACCCGUACAAGCGACAGCCGAAUCAGGGCAAUCAGGAUUACUGGAGUACGAAGUUAUCGGACAACCCGCUCGGACUGGAGAAUAUGCACAUCAGGGAUGCAGUGUCCAAGAAGACGCGUGAGAACGGAGUGAUGCACACGCCUUGGGUAUGGGUCCCGAAGGAACUCAGUGAGUCUCCUGAGCACCAGGAUUCGACUGACCUACCCAGCGGGCGUGAGGGGAGGGAUGGGGCCGACGGGCGAGAGGGACGGGCGAACUCGCGUGUGCAGGACGAGCGCCCGGCGACCCGCGAACCGUCGCGGUCGCGCCACGAACGGAGUGCGCCCACGGCGGAAGCACAGCCGCGUUACUCUCAGGACCGCUACGGUGCUACAUACGGAUCGAAAAAGACGGACGGGCCAAGUGCCGAGCCUAAUGUCAUCCCGCCGCCGCCGCCAAACAUGCAUAACGCGUAUCCGGCGUACUCAACACAGCGGAGUCGCGACGUCUCGCCACGCCCUGCAGACACGCAACAGGCAAGGCCGGAACCACGAUCUUCUCCGAAUCCGCCGACUUCAUCAGCAUCAUCAGCGGCUGCUGCUGCUGCCGCCAGGUCAGCAACAGAAGCGUUCAGCUCGAGGCAGGAGCUGCAUCCGACGUUUAGCCCGAGCAUCGUCCGCACACCGGGGCACUACUCCGCGACGUCUACGCCCGUGCCUACUCGGCGGUCGACCACUGAUGACUCGCAUGCAACAUCGGCGCACGCUCGAAGGUCGAGUGGCGAUCCAAGCGUACACGGCGACGAGGCGCACAACUCGUCCACUACCCCUUCUCGGCGUUCUACGCACGAAGACGCCAGUCGUUCAUCAUCUCGUGCACCGCACGGCCCAAUCUACGCACCCGCCCGUUCCAAUAGCCUAUCCAAGCGCCGGUCUUCGGCCCCCACUCCCUCAUCAGGCUCUCCCUCUUCCGCGGCUGCCCCUCUUCCAUUCCUCGCCUCCUUCUCGGAGGAACCGGAAGGUCUGCUGAGUCCGCUUAUGACCGCUCCCGGCGGCGGCCGAGAAUUGGGUCGGAGCUCGACCUUCCCGUCACUCUCUGCCUCAUCAACGUUCGACUCUAUUCCCGAAGAACGCGCGGUGUCCCAGCCACGCACACCGAAGCCGUCCGACAGGAGUCGGUAUAGUGAUCCACAGUCAACGCCGCACGUGAAUGCGCGCUCGCCGCCUCGGUCGUCCCAUGCGUCGCCGGAAUCGGGCCCUCAGCGGAUAUCACGCAGCCCAUCGCACGCACAGAUGUCACCGCCCAGCCAGCCGACACGCUCGCCAAAUCCACCUACGGCGAGAUCACCGACUGCACAACCAAGGUCGCCGACGCAGCCAUCGCACUCUCGCUCACAGUCGGCGUCUCGCGAGCAUUCUCGUUCCCGGGCGGCACACAAUCCUCUGCCCCGGCCUCCCAUGCCCACUAACUAUCCGACAGUGUCAUCGGCUUCGGCGUACUCCUCUGCGUCCACGGCCCAACCUGCAGCCAGCUACACGUCAAGUUCUCAACCUGCGCGCACGUCUUCUGCCUAUCCUUCCGGCACGCAGCCAGCCUCAACUCGAUCUUCCAAUACACAGCCUUCUUCACACUAUUCCUCGCCUCCUCGGUCCUCGUCUGCCUAUGCUUCUCACAAGCCCUCGGCCUCUUACUCGUCCAGUGCUCACACUUCCUCUGCUUACAAUUCCGCAUCCACCGCGCACGCCGCAUCUGCAUAUCCUCCUGCGCCCGCUGCCCCAUCUCCUGGACAUUCUCCUGGCACUCGCAAGGUACGGAAGGGAUACUGGAAUCGACGUGGCGACCACCUAGUCUACGACCAGAAUCGAGAUAUGGCGAAUCCUCCUGAGCUGGCUCACCAUCCCUCGCCGAUUGAUGGGUUCAUGGAUCAUCAUGGUCAGAAGGUGAAGUACGACCCCAACGUACCGGAGCUACCGGAGUCCUUGCCGCUGCACGGAGAGCCGCCGAAACGGCCGUAUAAAGAGGUAUGUAUCUUCCGCAACUAGUUUGUGCAAUAUGUUGCCGUCUGAUCUUUCACUUUGCGAAUUCCUGGGGGGCUCUACGGACUCGAUCUGUAACAAGUAAUUGUAUGGCGUCCGCUCACUAUCUUGUAUUAUCCAGCAUGUAUUGUUUAUUAUCGAACUGGCACACUGGCACACAAAC